AUGCACAGAAAGCAGUCAAAAGCUGUGAAAUCAAAUCGUAUUUCGGUUGGCAUAACUACAGACAUUCUUGUUACCGAGUUUUUUAUAGGAAGAAAAGUAGCAAUUGACGCUUCUAUGUCAAUUUACCAGUUUCUUAUUGCUGUUAGACAAGAAGGGAAUACUCUAAUGAAUGCAGAAGGAGAGUCGACUAGCCAUUUGAUGGGUAUGUUUUAUAGAACAAUAAGAAUGAUAGAAAAUGGAAUCAAACCUGUAUAUGUUUUUGAAGGAAAACCACCCUCUAUGAAAGCUGGAGAGUUAGCCAAACGCUCUGAGAGACGUAUUGAGUCAACUAAAGAAUUAGCCAAAGCAGAAGCUGAAGAAGAUUUAGAAGCUAUUGAGAAAUUCUCCAAACGUUUAGUUAAAGUUACUCCAGCUCAUAACGAAGAUUGCAGACAGCUUCUUAAUUUAAUGGGCGUUCCGUUUGUUAAUGCACCUGGAGAAGCAGAAGCGCAAUGUGCAGUAUUGGCGAAGUCAGGAAAAGUUUAUGCUGUAGGGACUGAAGAUAUGGAUGCAUUGGCAUUUGGUACUCCAGUUCUGCUACGACAUUUGACAUUCAGUGAAGCCAGAAAAAUGGCCAUUCAAGAGUUCAACCUGACGUCAGUUCUUGAAGGUCUUGGUUUAACUAUGGAUCAAUUUAUAGAUUUAUGCAUAUUACUUGGUUGUGACUACGUUGAUACGAUACGAGGAAUCGGUCCUAAGAAAGCGUUAGAUUUGUUGCAUAAGUAUCAGUCGAUUGAUUGUGUUUUGAAGAAUAUCGAUAAAUCUAAAUAUCCUGUCCCAGACGAUUGGCCUUACGAAGAUGCGAAAAAGCUUUUCUUGAAUCCCGAGGUGACAGACCCUUCAUCAAUUGAACUUAAAUGGAAUGAACCAGAUGAAGAAGGUUUGGUAGAGUUUCUAUGCCACAAACAUGGGUUCAAUGAAGAACGUAUAAGAAAUGGAGCGAAAAAGUUAUUAAAAGCCAGAAAUACAACUACUCAAGGUCGAAUAGACAACUUUUUCAGCUGUGUCCCAUCAAAAAGUAAUUCAUCCACGUCGACUCCCAACAGCAGUCACAAAAAGGUAUCAAACAGUGCAUCUGAUCGUAAACGUAAAAGUAACGCUGGUACGACGAACGGAUACAAAAAACCAAAAUAA